AGAGCAUGCAGUGAGCCGUGUGUUAGCGCUAACAGCAUCUUUUCCUAAGUGCCCGCAGAUCUUAUUCUAAACUCAGUGCGCAGCGCAGAGGAGACCACGGAAUGAGCACCCGGCCGGGACAGACAGCAACGGUAAUGAGGAUGCAACUUGGUCUGCCCGGAGCAACAUGGAUUCUCAUCCUGGCUGUGGCGGCGAUCGCUGCGUCCUCUCCAGCUCGGCCGAGGCCCAAGCGUGAUGUGUACUACGACUCCUCCAUUGACGCCGGCGAGGAGUACCUGCUCGGCCUCCUCCGCAACCGCCUCAGCCACCCUGCCCUGCUCGAUCAACAGAAGCGGGCCGGCGGUCUCCUGGACUUCGGCGUGUCGCGAGGUGCCUCCGGAGCCGAAGCAGCCAAGGCUCGCCUGGGACUCAAGCUGGCCCACGACCCGUACGGACCCGGAAGGCGCUGAAGUCGAAGCUCGUAACUUGCACCCUGUGCGCACACACGACAGAUCCACACGGUGACAUGCGUUGGCGAAGAAGAAAGCGACAAGGUCCGCUGUUGUGCUUCUCGGUUACGCCAGUUCCGCUACGACGGCGUCGCAAGAACUGGCACGCUGAAAUAGGCGCUACGCUGCGAUAACUUACUUAGGCUUAACCACGCUUCCGUGAAGCACUUCGGUGUGGGCGCUACGCUUGUUCCCUUUAUGAGUGUUCGAAAAAGCAUCAGCGAACUUUAAACAUUAAGUUUAAACAUUAAAACAUUAAGUUGCAACUUUCUGCCAUAAUUUAAUCGUAAGUUUUAUCGGACGUGUCCACAAUGAGGUCCCUUUACUAGCUAUGUAGCAUCACUUGCACUGACUCAUCAAGCGGAACUAGAGAGAUUCCAUGUGCUCAGUAGGUUCUUUUCUGUUUCAUGUCAAGGUAGCGACAAGUCGAAAAUAUCGCAGGAUGUCGCUUCCGUUACAGACGCCCGGUGAUGUUAGUUUUGAAAUUGCGUUGUACAUAUGCAUGGCAAUAAAGGCAGUUGGUCUCUUCGCAAAGAGUGUAAGCAGUAGCGAAAACUCUAACGCUGAUCUAAGAAGCCACACUGAUUCGCGCUUUCUCGGUGCUCGACUUGGUUCAUCCGCGAAUUCUAUCUUGGACGCAUUCGAUUCCCGUCGUACCAUUUUCUUUCCGCUUGUGAAGCAAGGACGCAUUCGAUUCCCGUCGUACCAUUUUCUUUCCGCUUGUGAAGCAAGCCUGCUGUUUUCGACGCCUCACAUUGUUCGGUUUGUGUGAAGCGCAUGAACAAAGUAAUGACACGGGGAUGCGCACUGUGUAAUUUAUUUGUACACAAUAAACAAACCCUUCGAGCUUAGUCUA